GGGCCGCACCCCCACCCGCGCCCUCCACGCACCCCCUCCUCCGGGUUUGGCAGCAGGUGCCUUCUCUCCGGAGAUCGCUUCGCAUUAACUUUCCCACCGGACAUAAUAAUGGAGAGAAAAUGAAGAGAUCCUAUUAGCGGCUGGCUGGCUGGCUGGCUGGCUGGAGGGCGGCCGGGCGGCCGGGCGGCCGGGCGCAGGGUCCGGGCGCCCGAGCCCGAGCCCGAACCCGAACCGAGCGGAGGGAGCCUGUAUUUUUAGCCAGAUGCCGCGUAACUUGCUGGCGCUCCCAGCGCUGCCGAGCAGAUAACGGGGGAGGGGGAGCAGGGAGCCGGGUUCGGAUUUCAGCGCGGGCGCCGGACGAUGGCAGCGAGACAGGGCAGGUCCGGUCCAGACUCUGCGGCCGAUGCGGCUACCAGCUUUCUGAGAGCAGCAAGAUCGGGUAACUUGGACAAAGCUUUGGAUCACCUGCGGAAUGGCGUAGACAUUAACACCUGUAACCAGAAUGGGCUGAACGGCUUGCACCUGGCCUCUAAAGAAGGCCAUGUGAAGAUGGUGGUUGAACUUCUGCACAAAGAAAUCAUUCUAGAAACGACAACCAAGAAAGGGAACACAGCUCUGCACAUCGCCGCCCUCGCAGGUCAGGAUGAGGUGGUCCGGGAGCUGGUCAACUAUGGCGCCAAUGUCAACGCCCAGUCACAGAAAGGCUUUACACCCUUGUACAUGGCAGCACAAGAGAAUCACUUGGAAGUGGUUAAGUUUUUACUGGAAAAUGGAGCUAAUCAGAAUGUAGCCACAGAAGACGGCUUCACUCCUCUAGCCGUGGCUCUGCAGCAGGGCCAUGAGAACGUGGUGGCACACCUCAUCAACUACGGGACAAAGGGCAAGGUGCGCCUCCCUGCCCUGCACAUCGCAGCCCGUAAUGAUGACACCCGGACAGCUGCGGUGCUUCUGCAGAAUGACCCCAACCCGGACGUGCUUUCCAAGACGGGAUUCACCCCCCUCCACAUCGCAGCUCACUAUGAGAACCUCAACGUGGCCCAGCUACUCCUCAACAGGGGCGCCAGUGUCAACUUCACGCCGCAGAACGGCAUCACGCCACUGCACAUCGCCUCCCGCAGGGGGAACGUGAUCAUGGUGCGGCUCCUGCUAGACCGCGGGGCCCAGAUAGAAACAAGGACCAAGGAUGAAUUGACACCUCUCCACUGUGCAGCUCGGAAUGGGCACGUGCGAAUCUCAGAGAUCCUGCUGGACCACGGGGCACCCAUCCAAGCUAAAACCAAGAAUGGCCUGUCUCCAAUUCACAUGGCGGCUCAGGGAGACCACCUUGACUGUGUCCGACUUCUGUUGCAAUACAACGCGGAGAUAGACGACAUCACCCUGGACCACCUGACCCCACUCCAUGUGGCAGCCCACUGCGGCCAUCACAGAGUAGCCAAGGUCCUUUUGGAUAAAGGAGCCAAACCAAAUUCCAGAGCCCUGAAUGGCUUUACCCCCUUGCAUAUCGCCUGCAAGAAGAACCACAUCCGUGUCAUGGAGCUGCUGCUGAAGACGGGAGCUUCCAUUGAUGCUGUCACCGAGUCUGGCUUGACACCUCUCCAUGUGGCCUCCUUCAUGGGGCACCUGCCCAUCGUGAAGAACCUCUUGCAGCGGGGGGCAUCACCCAACGUCUCCAACGUGAAAGUGGAGACCCCACUGCACAUGGCAGCCAGAGCCGGGCACACGGAAGUGGCCAAAUAUUUGCUCCAGAACAAAGCCAAAGUCAAUGCCAAGGCCAAGGAUGACCAGACCCCACUUCACUGUGCAGCUCGCAUUGGCCACACAAACAUGGUGAAGCUCCUGCUGGAAAAUAACGCCAAUCCCAACCUGGCCACGACCGCUGGGCACACCCCCCUGCACAUUGGAGCCCGAGAGGGCCAUGUGGAGACGGUCCUGGCCCUCCUGGAAAAGGAAGCAUCCCAGGCAUGCAUGACCAAGAAAGGAUUUACCCCUCUCCAUGUGGCUGCCAAGUAUGGGAAGGUUAGGGUGGCUGAGGUGCUGCUGGAACGGGACGCACAUCCAAAUGCUGCUGGAAAACAGAAUGGCUUGACCCCUCUGCACGUGGCCGUCCAUCACAACCACCUGGACAUCGUCAGGCUGCUGCUUCCCCGGGGCGGCUCCCCACACAGCCCCGCUUGGAAUGGCUACACCCCUCUGCACAUUGCUGCCAAGCAGAACCAGAUUGAGGUGGCCCGCAGCCUGCUGCAGUAUGGGGGGUCAGCAAAUGCAGAGUCGGUGCAAGGUGUGACACCCCUUCACCUGGCCGCCCAAGAGGGUCACGCAGAGAUGGUGGCUCUGCUACUUUCGAAACAAGCCAAUGGCAAUCUGGGGAACAAGAGCGGACUCACCCCCCUCCAUCUGGUAGCACAAGAAGGCCACGUUCCAGUGGCAGAUGUGCUGAUCAAACACGGUGUCAUGGUGGAUGCCACCACCCGGAUGGGUUAUACCCCACUCCACGUGGCCAGUCAUUAUGGAAAUAUCAAGCUGGUAAAGUUUCUGCUACAGCACCAGGCAGACGUCAAUGCCAAGACGAAGCAAGGAUACAGUCCCUUGCACCAGGCGGCCCAACAGGGACAUACAGACAUCGUGACACUGCUUCUCAAAAAUGGUGCUUCCCCAAACGAGGUCAGCUCGAAUGGAACCACACCUCUGGCAAUAGCCAAGCGCUUAGGCUACAUCUCUGUAACAGACGUGCUCAAGGUGGUCACGGAUGAAACCAGUUUUGUGUUAGCCAGUGACAAGCACCGGUUGAGUUUCCCUGAGACGGUAGAUGAGAUCCUGGAUGUCUCUGAAGAUGAAGGAACUGCUCAUAUAACUAUCAUGGGGGAAGAACUCGUCUCCAAGGCUGAGAAACAGGAUUCCAGGGAUAUCGAUGAAGAGAAGGAGCUGCUGGAUUUUGUGCCGAAGCUAGACCAAGUGGUGGAAUCUCCAGCCAUCCCCAGGAUCCCAUGUGUCACACCUGAGACAGUGGUGAUUAGAUCUGAGGAGCCAGAACAGGCGUCUAAGGAGUAUGAUGAAGACUCACUCAUCCCCAGCAGCCCGGCCACAGAGACCUCAGACAACAUCAGCCCAGUGGCCAGCCCCGUCCACACAGGGUUUUUGGUGAGCUUCAUGGUGGAUGCCCGGGGAGGCUCCAUGAGGGGGAGCCGUCACAAUGGCCUGAGGGUGGUGAUCCCGCCCCGGACAUGUGCCGCCCCUACUCGUAUCACCUGCCGCCUGGUCAAGCCCCAGAAGCUGAGCACGCCGCCCCCACUGGCCGAGGAGGAGGGCCUUGCCAGCAGGAUCAUCGCGCUGGGACCCGCUGGGGCCCAGUUCUUAAGCCCUGUGAUCGUGGAGAUCCCCCACUUUGCCUCCCAAGGCCGUGGAGACCGUGAACUCGUGGUGCUGCGCAGUGAAAACGGCUCCGUGUGGAAGGAACACAAGAGCCGCUAUGGAGAAAGCUACCUGGAUCAGAUCCUCAACGGGAUGGAUGAAGAGCUGGGGAGUCUGGAGGAGCUGGAGAAGAAGAGGGUCUGCCGCAUCAUCACCACCGACUUCCCCUUGUACUUCGUGAUCAUGUCACGGCUCUGCCAGGACUACGACACCAUCGGCCCUGAAGGGGGCUUUCUGAAGAGCAAGCUGGUCCCCCUGGUGCAGGCAACGUUCCCAGAAAACGCUGUCACCAAGAGAGUGAAGCUGGCUCUGCAGGCCCAGCCUGUACCAGAUGAGCUUGUCACCAAACUCCUGGGCAACCAGGCCACGUUCAGCCCCAUCGUCACCGUGGAGCCACGGCGCCGGAAGUUCUAUCGCCCCAUUGGCCUUCGGAUCCCACUCCCUCCUUCCUGGACAGACAACCCGAGGGACAGCGGGGAGGGGGACACCACCAGCCUGCGCCUACUCUGCAGUGUCACUGGAGGAACAGACCAAGCCCAGUGGGAAGACAUAACGGGGACGACCAAGCUCGUGUAUGCCAACGAGUGUGCCGCCUUCACCACCAACGUCUCUGCCAGGUUUUGGCUGUCAGACUGUCCUCGCACUGCUGAAGCCGUGAACUUCGCCACCCUGCUGUACAAGGAGCUCACUGCAGUGCCCUACAUGGCCAAGUUCGUCAUUUUUGCCAAGAUGAAUGACCCCCGGGAAGGGCGUCUGCGCUGCUACUGCAUGACAGACGAUAAAGUGGACAAGACCCUGGAGCAGCAUGAGAACUUCAUUGAGGUGGCUCGGAGCAGGGACAUAGAGGUUUUGGAAGGAAUGCCCCUUUUCGCGGAACUCUUUGGGAACCUGGUGCCUGUCAAAAAAGCUGCCCAGCAACGGAGUUUCCUCUUCCAGUCGUUUCGGGAGAACCGUUUGGCCAUACCUGUAAAGGUGAGGGACAGCAGUCGAGAACCAGCAGGGUCCUUGUCAUUUCUGCGCAAGGCGAUGAAGUAUGAGGACACCCAGCACAUUCUCUGUCACCUGAACAUCACCAUGCCCCCCUGUACCAAGGGGAGCGGAGCUGAUGACAGGAAGAGGACGUUGACUCCCCUGGCCCUGAGAUACAGCAUUCUCAGCGAAUCGUCACUGGGUUUUCUCAGUGGGACCGACCGAGCAGAUAUGAAGAUGGCUAUUAUAUCAGAGCACCUUGGCCUCAGCUGGGCGGAGCUGGCUCGGGAGCUUCAGUUCAGCGUGGAAGACAUCAACAGGAUCCGUGUGGAAAACCCCAACUCCUUGCUGGAGCAGAGUGCAGCCUUGUUGAAUCUCUGGGUCACCCGCGAAGGCAAAAAUGCAAAGAUGGACAAUCUGUACGCAGCCCUGCGCAACAUUGACCGGAGUGAGAUCGUGAACAUGCUGGAGGGCUCGGGCAGACAGAGCCGCAAUCUGAAACCUGACCGGAGACACAGGGACCGGGACUACUCUUCGUCACCCUCCCAGAUGAAUGACCGUCACAAACUGAAUGCUUCUGUGCUUCCUGGCUUCUCUGUGUGGCCCUGUCACCCCUUCAGAGACCCCCCUCCAACAGGUUACUCCUCGCUGCAGGACGAGCUGCUGUCCCCUGCCUCCCUGCAGUACGCACUUCCCUCUCCGCUGCGUGCAGACCAGUACUGGAACGAGGUGGCCGUCAUAGAUGCCAUCCCAUUGGCGGCCACGGAGCAUGACACCAUGCUGGAGAUGUCUGACAUGCAGGUGUGGUCCGCGGGCCUCACACCCUCCCUGGUCACUGCUGAGGACUCCUCUCUGGAGUGCAGCAAGGCCGAGGACUCUGACGCCACCGGCCAUGAGUGGAAGCUGGAAGGGGUGCUCUCCGAGGGACCCCAGGGCCCCACGCUGGGCUCUCUGGACCUUGUGGAGGAUGACACAGUGGAUUCAGAUGCCACAAAUGGCCUUAUCGAUUUGCUUGACCAGGAAGAAGGUCAGAGGUCAGAAGAGAAGCUGCCAGGUCAUAAGAGUCAGGAGGACUCCACAGGUGUAGGUCAGGACUCAGAGAAUGAAGUGUCUCUUGUUUCAGGCCAGCAGAGGGUGCAAGCCCACAUCACAGAAUCCCCCAGCGUGAGUCGGGUGAUGGAGACCAGCCAGGACAGAUUGCAGGACUGGGAGGAAGAAGGCUCCAUUGUCUCAUACCUACAAGAUGCUGCACAAAGUUCCUGGCAAGAGGAGGUCGUACGUGGCCCACACUCAUUCCAGAGUACUGUCACCACCAUCAAAGAGCUGGAGCCCAGUGGAUCUCAGGAGUAUGAGAAGGUCCUGAUGUCUGCAACUGAGCACAUUUGGGAGGAGCAGCCAGAGGCUGAGAGCCUGCAGGCCGACAGGGAACGGAGACGACAAAGCCACCAGGAGUGGGUGCAGGAGGCUCGGAGCACUUUCUCCCAGAUGGCAGAGGGGAAUGAGUUUCAGAGUAUUCCAGGGGAGCAGGUGACAGAGGAACAGUUCACAGAUGAGCAGGGCAACAUUGUCACCAAGAAGAUCAUUCGCAAAGUUGUUCGGCAGAUAGACUCAUCUGGUGCUGAUGACACCCAGGAGCAUGAGGAGGUGAUUGCUGAGGGGCCCCUGGAGGACCCUAGUGAGAUGGAAGCUGAUAUUGAUUACUUUAUGACACAUGCCAAGGUGGAGCUGAAAGGGAGUAGCCUGCAGCCGGACCUGAUAGAGAGCAGGAAGGGGGCUCAGAUAGUGAAGCGGGCCAGCCUGAAAAGGGGCAAGCAGUGAUCUCUAGCCCCUCCCCUCAAAUGGCCUCUUUGGAGGAUCACACCUCGACACCCAACCCUUGAACUUCACACACACUCUGCCAUGCACACAGGAGGAGAGCUGGAGCAGAGGGCUGCAGGAGUGGCACACUGUUCCUCUAGGCUAACGGCAUGAUCUCUGUAAGGGACUUCCUUUAGUCUCCUAUUCGCAUGAACGGCCGACUGUAGACGCAUGACCUACAGUCCUCAAUCCUGCCUCUAGCAACGAUGGAUCUCUGUUGGGAAUCAGGACAAAUGCCUCAAGAAGGGGGGGGGAGAGAGAGAGAGAGUGAUAGAAAACGAGCUCGAGAGAGCACAUGAACGCAAAAGUGAACAAGGGCUCUUUUGUGGCUGGGGAUGAUAUAUUUUUUUAAAUCAUUUUAAUUUUGACUUGUUACAGGGUACUUUUUUUUUCAACCUCAUCUGUAGGAAAUCCAUGUGGAAUUCCAUGGAA